GCUGGUUUUGAAUUCUUAACAGAUUAAAUGAAACCACAUGCCCUCUGGGGUUUUACAACUUAUGGACUCUAAAAGUGAUUAUUACUUUGGUUUUGUUGUGUUUUUUGUUUUUUUUUUGUAGAGAGAAUGUGAGCUUUAUGAAAAAGUAAACACAAUUGAAAAGACUAAUAAUCAACCGAAAGAGAUUUGGUGGGAGUGUGCAGUGAACCUUUCAAAGUAAGGAUCCAUGUACAGCAUGUCUCCCGGUCUCAGUUAGCCUAAUUAUUAAGUGAGCUUAAACUUUUUAUUUGCCCGGGCUUUCAUUGUGAAAGUGAUCAGGAAGUAAUUGGAAAGAAGUCCUAUAUCUUUGCCGUUUUAUGAUCAGAUUACUGUACUCCAUUGCGAGGGGGAAGCUGGCACUCUCCUCCUGCUGAAUGCGCUGUAGACAGCAGUGGGGCUCCAGUUGGCUGUGUGCGCUCAGACGCACAGACGCAAAGCAUCCACACUGGCUGGAGUUGGAGGACACUCGGCCGUUUCGCUUGCACCGCUCUUCUGAUCCGCUUGCCUUUUGUCUCCCGGCGGUGAGAAGACCACCCGCACGGGAGUGGAAAAAAGGAAGAAAUUAACACUUUUUUUUUUUGCUGGGUUUAAGACUUGUGAGAGUCAGAGAGAGAGACUGUGAGAAAUCGGGACUUCACGGAGGGGGGAGAUUAUUUCUCGCAUUGAGGCGAGCUGGAUCAGUUCUGCGAAGCGGGGCGCACAUUGCUACGUCUUUUCAAUGGAUUUCAGUAUCGCGGAGGUACCCUGGGAAUUAAACUCUUAUUAAGUCACUUUUAGUUUCACAUUUUCCUUCCAACAAGGGUAAAUGACUCGCAUGGAGAGGAAGACGAUGAUCCUCGCAGUACUGUAUGUGGUUUUGCCUCUUUUGGAUGUGUUGUGUUAUGCCGAGGAGAACCUGCGUGCCCGGCUGGACUGUGUGCGGGCCAGUGAGCAGUGUCUGAAGGAGCAUGCGUGCAGCACCAAGUACCGCACCAUGAGGCAGUGCGUGGUCGGUGGCAGGGAGAGCAACUUCAGCAUGGUGGCCGGCCAGGAGGCCAGAGACGAGUGCAGGAGCGCUAUGGACGCUCUCAAACAGAGCCCGCUGUACAACUGCCGGUGUAAAAGGGGCAUGAAGAAAGAGAAGAACUGCCUGCGCAUUUACUGGGGGAUCUAUCAGACAUUACAGGGUAAUGAUUUCUUGGAGGAUUCUCCGUACGAACCAGUCAACAGCCGUCUGUCUGACAUUUUCCGCCUGGCUCCCAUCAUAGAGGGCGGGGAACCUUGGAGCAGCUCGGCCACUUCGGCUCCAGGCAGGGGGGGCGCCCAGGGCAAAGGGAGCCCCUCCUCCACGGAACUUCAGGAUCCCAGUAGAAACAGGAGAGCUCAUCCCAAUUGGGCCAUACUGGGUGAGCCUGCAGUGGCCAGAGAGAACAACUGCCUGAACGCAGCCAAGGCCUGCAACCUGAACGACACGUGCAAGAAGUACCGCUCGGCCUACAUCAGCCCCUGCACCAGCCGCGUCUCAACAGCUGAAGUCUGCAACAAGAGAAAGUGCCACAAGGCCCUGCGGCAAUUCUUCGACAAGGUUCCUCCCAAGCACAGCUACGGCAUGCUGUACUGCUCAUGCCCGCUGAGCGACCAGACAGCGUGUUCUGAACGCAGGCGUCAGACCAUCGUCCCCGUCUGCUCCUACGAAGAAAAACAGAAGCCCAACUGUCUGGAACUGCAGGCCUCCUGCAAGACCAACUACAUCUGCAGGUCACGACUGGCUGACUUCUUUGUCAACUGCCAGCCGGAGCCUCGCUCGCUGUCAGGUUGUCUGAAGGAGAACUACGCAGACUGCCUCCUCUCGUACUCGGGGCUGAUUGGUACCGUGAUGACUCCCAACUACCUGCGCUCACCCAAAAUCAGCGUCUCACCAUACUGCGACUGCAGCAACAGCGGCAACAACAAGGACGAGUGUGACAAAUUCACAGAGUUUUUCACGGAGAACACCUGCCUCCGUAAUGCCAUCCAGGCCUUUGGGAAUGGAACAGAUGUUGGAGUGUGGCAGCCAAUGUCCCCUGUCCAGACCACCACCUCCACCACCACGCCUUACCAGAGGAAACGUGAACGCAACCCCAACACCAUCGACAACCACAUCAACACAGACCCUGGCAUCUACCACUUCUGUGGCAACCUACAGGCUCAGAAAUUAAAGUCAAACUCAACUGUUGAUGGGGUUCUUUGUGUGGACCCUCAGAUAGAUGGUCCAAGCACAUCCAAUGCCAUUCUGAGGGACUCUGCUGUCUCCAGACGGCCUGCAGGCCUGGCCUCUCUGCUGCCCCCCCUGCUCUGGCUGUGGUACUGCAGCAUGCAUGCGCUAUCCUCGCUGGGCGUCUUGUAGCCUCGCUGCAUCACAGCAACAAGCUCAAAUGGACUGACAGACACACAUUUGUAUAAAAGAAAAAGCAAAAGAAGAAAUUAUAUCCUUACUUUUCGGUAAUACCUGUUGUACUUUUAUUCUUUCUGGAUUCUUUCUCUCUUUUGAUUCCUUCUUUGUUUUUUGUUUUUUUUUAUGGAUUUUUGAGAAGCUUUGUUGUUUUAUGUUUUUUUUUUCUUUGCAAUGCAGCUUUGUGCUUAAACAGUGAUCUUCUGUACGUGUUAACUCAGUUUGGCUGUGUGUCCCCUGUGGCUUUGGUGGGGGAAAAAAACAUGGAUUUAAAGCUUAUGUGUCAGGCAGAAAUGGGGAAAGGACUACAUUCCAAAAAAACACAGCUGGUGGCUCUUGAAAAGGUACACACAAAAUGUAAUUGAGCAUAGAUUUUCAGAGUUUCCACCCAUGUCUGUUUGUGUGUUGAGGCUAAAGGUGGGAUCGUUUGCUUAAAAGUCACAGUCAGUUCAGUAACGGCAACAUUUUAUCACUUGGGCAGCCUUUUUGGUGUUAUUCAGUCUUCUCCGUGGUUCGUGUAUGUUUUGAUAAUGAUGUAAUCUGGUGUUUUACAUUUUUAUGAAAGGUUGUGGAUAUAUACAGUAAAUUACAAAAAGAGUCA